AACGUCUCCGUGUGAGUCCAACGAGCCGCGGCAGCCGUUGGACUCACCGACACGUUAGCUUCUCAAGCUAAUCCCCGUUUGUCUUGUUGUUGUUUUUGUUUUAACAGUCAGUGUUUGCUGGGUUGUCAGCUGGUGUCACGGCGGGCAGCUUCAGCCUGUUAAAGACGUGUCUUCAUGUGUCACCGUUCAGACUGAAAACAGCGUGUUUUAAUGUGCCGUGUCGGCUCGCGAACAGGUGAUUUUAACGUUACAUUCCGAUACCAGGUGAAGUGAAGCCAGCAGGAGAAGCUACAUGGAGGCUAACUGACAGACACAGGACCAAUCGGUGCUCGGCAUACGGAGGAACUGCGGUACAUUAGCACCAGGAUGCCAGCCGGUGGAUCCAAGUGGACUCUCUACCAGCUUUGGAUCAGGAUGCAUGAAUGGACCGGUGUAAACCUCAGCCUACCUAUAAAGAGUGUGUGGCUGCUGUGGGCCGCUGAGGCCGAGGUACAAACGCCUGGUGGACAACAUCUUCCCCGAGGACCCCAAAGAUGGCCUCAGUAAAUCAGACAUGGAGAAGCUGACCUUCUACGCUGUGUCGGCUCCAGAGAAGCUGGACAGGAUCGGUGCUUACCUGGCCGAGAGGCUGAGCCGAGAUGUGGUGCGACACCGCUACGGGUACGUGGUGAUAGCCAUGGAGGCUCUGGACCAGCUGCUGAUGGCCUGCCACUCUCAGAGCAUCAAACCCUUCGUGGAGAGUUUCCUGCACAUGGUGGCCAAGCUGCUGGAGUCCAGAGAACCGGACCUGCAGGUCCUGGGGACCAACUCGUUUGUGAAGUUUGCCAACAUCGAGGAGGACACGCCGUCCUACCACCGCCGCUACGACUUCUUUGUGUCCCAGUUCAGCGCCAUGUGCCACUCUACUCAUGAAGACACUGAGACCAGAACCAGGAUCCGAGUGGCCGGGAUCAAGGGGCUGCAGGGUGUGGUGAGGAAGACGGUGAACGACGAGCUGCAGGCCAUCAUCUGGGAGCCUCAGCACAUGGACAAGCUGAUCCCGUCCAUGCUGUUCAACAUGCAGGACAGCGAGGACCUGGACAGGGCGGGUCACCCCAGCACACCCUCAGUGGUGGGUCAGGAUGGCGAGGAGAACCCGGCGGCGCUGGCAGAGAGCUGCUUCAGAGAGCUGCUGGGCCGGGCGGCCUACGGCAACAUGAACAACGCCGUGCGACCCGUGUUGGUGCACUUGGACAAUCACCACCUGUGGGACCCCAACGAGUUUGCUGUGUCCUGCUUCAGAAUCAUCAUGUACUCCAUCCAGGCUCAGCACUCUCAUCACGUCAUCCAGCAGGUUCUGAACCACCUGGACUAUCACAACAAGACCACGCCGCGGGUCAGAGCCGGCAUCGUCCAGGUCCUGCUGGAGACGGUGGCCAUCGCUGCCAAAGGAUCCGUGGGUCCGACGGUGCUGGAGGUGUUCAACACUCUGCUCAAACACCUGAGGAUGAGCGUGGACUUCGAGCUGGGCGAGAGCUCGAGGAGAAACUCCAGCACCAGCGUUUCAUCCGGCCGCGGCGGCAAAGAGAGCGAAGAGAGAAUCGUCCAGAACGCCAUCAUCCAGACCAUCGGCUUUUUCGGAGGAAACCUGCCAGACUACCAGCGAGCCGAAGUCAUGAUGUUCAUCAUGGGCAAAGUGCCAGUGUACGGGACCCCCUGCCACACCUUGGACACCGUGAAGAUCGGGCAUCAGGGUACCAAGCGGAUCCAGACCAUGCUGCUCAGCUCUCUCAUCAUGGUAACCUCUGGCUUCAAGUCUAAGUCCAUGGCAGCUGCUCUGCCUCCUCCCUUCCUGGAUCCGCUCUUCUCCAUCUCCCUGAUGGAGGACAGCGAGCUGAGGCAGCUGGUGCUGGAGAUCCUGCACAACAUCAUCGACCGCCACGACAACCGCGCCAAACUACGCGGCAUCAGAAUUAUUCCUAAUGUCGCAGCGCUGAAGAUUAAAAGAGAGAAGAUUUCCAAGCAGGACGUUGCGUUCAUGAAGAAGCACGGCCAGCAGCUGUACCGUCACAUCUAUCUGGGCUGUAAAGAGGAAGAUAACGUCCAUAAAAACUUUGAGCUGCUCUUCACCACCCUGGCUAUCCUGACCAUCGAGCUGGCCAACGAGGAAGUGGUCAUCGACCUCAUUCGCCUUGCCAUCGCUCUGCAGGACAUGGCUCUGGCUAAUGAAGAGAACAUGCCGAUGUUCAUUCGCUGUGGCAUCAAUGCGUUGGUGGCGGCGUACCUCAACUUCCUGAGCCAGAUGAUCGCAAACCCUCCCUUCUGUCAGCACGUCAGCAAGGUGAUUGAGCUGAGGAACAUGGACGCUCCGUACCUCCUUCCAGAACACAUCUUCAGAGACAAGUGUCCAAUCCCUGAAGCUCUGGACAAGGAGGACAGACAGCUGUACUUCCAGACGGCCGACAUGGCCGAGUGUCUGGCAGGACCAGGAUACAACGCAGAGAGACUCUCCAUCCCGUACGUUCCCCAGGUCACAGAUGAAGACCGUCUGACCAGGAGGAAGAGUUUCGUGGACACAAUCUCCCUUCAAGUGGACAUCAUAUCCAACAGCCUUCCAGACAAGUCGCAGCUGGCUGAGGAGAUCACGUUCGAGACCCUGAAGAAAGCCAUCGAUACGACGGGUCUGGAGGAGCAGGAGAGGGAGAAGAGGCGUCAGGUGAUGGAGAAGUUCCAGAAAGCUCCAUUUGAGGAGAUCGCCGCCCACUGCGAGUCCAAGGCGAACAUGCUGCACGACCGACUGGCACAAAUCUUUGAACUAACGAUCAGGCCUCCGCCCAGCCCGUCCGGAGUGGUUUCCAUCUCAGCGGGACACACUCAGCACCAGUCCGUCCCCGUGUACGAGAUGAAGUUUCCAGACCUGUGUGUCUACUGAUCCUCACCACACACACACACACACACACACACACACACACACACACACACAACCCUCCGCUGAAAUAGCUGAAACACAAAAUGCAAAAUUUAAAAAUGCUGAGAAAGAACAACACGAGUACAAUCUUCUCCCGAGACGUCGGGGAAGCUGCCAGAAACAAAAUCAUCUUUUAAUUUGACCGGUUCAAAACAAAAAACACAAAAAAGCUUCUUAAUCACACUCCGAAUGUAGUUUCUGAUUCAGUCUGAGAGCCUCAGAAGUGACAACUGUUCCUCUGAACGCGACCGCUCUCAUUAAACUGAUCCGCUGCACUUUGAUGCCUGACUCACAUCUCUAAAACUGAACCGAGUCACUGAGAACGAACAAAAAAAAACAUAAAAACCCCACAUGAACAGUUCUUCACUCUUGAGAUUUCAGAGUGUUCAUUAUGAAUCCGUUGUUGCUUCCCAGCAUGCCUUCUGAUCGCAGCCUCUCAUCUGUGGUGUCACCAAAGCUUCACAUCCUGUACAGACGCUGUAGACUAAAACUAAACUCUCCUGUAGGACAGAUGAAAAGCAGGUUCAGGCUCAACACCUGAAGCUGGUUUUAAGCUCUAACACUCAGCUUCCGCCUGUUAACACCUGUCUGUUGUCAUGGUGACCAGUAGACGUGUAGGAGUGUGUUAGCCGUCAGCUCUAACAGCUGGAUUCACUUCAGAAGGCGGAUUAGUUUCAGGCUCGCUGCAGCACGGCUCGUCGCUCUGAUCGUCGCCGUUCAAUCUUUACAAUCUUUUGCUGUUUUUGAAAAUAACUUUUCGACAACCAGCUGUGUUUCACGUGGAGGAAUGAGACGAGAGCAAUACUUCAGAUUUGUCGGCCGGUCCAGAAUCUCAUGAGACAAAAAAAAAAAAAAACGCCAAAGAGAGUUUUGCUGAGGAGAAACUGCUGGCUCGUGGUUGGUGAUGUGUUUGUUUCAGGGGUUUUUAGAGGAUUUGUAAAGUUCACUUUCAUAAUCGAGGAAUGUUUUCUGUGUCGUUCUGCUGACUCGCAGUACAAACAGUAACGGAGAAACAUGAAGAUUUUCCAUUUCCAAGUUUCCUUUUUCUCUCUCGCUCUCCUCUGUGCUGGUGAUCAGCAAUAACAAAACUUAUUAAAACUCCAUAACAAAACAGUUUUUGAAAGGAAGAGAACGUCUCAGAAAUGUCAACAUAUCUUUUGGAGGAAACAGAAUCUCCAUCACCAGCCUGUCGAGUCUCGUGAUCAUCAUCAACACGUCACAGAGACACGGAACGAAAACUAACCCGUAACAUCCUGAAACAUUUGAUCCCUGUUAGACGUGAACUUCAUCCAGGGACGAAUAUGUAUGUUUAUGUAUCUUAAUCGCACUUUAUACCACUUCUCUCCGCCUGUUGAUGUCUUUAUGCAUCGAGCUAUGUAAGAUGAUGAUGAUGAUGAUGAUGAUGAUGAGGCGCUUCUGCACUUAAAACAUGCAAAAGACGCCUGAUCGGCCCCCUAGUGGAGGAACCAGGACCUGAACACAUGUGAACAAGUGUGAACAUCACCGUCCGGUGAUGUUCACACUUGUUCACGUGUGCUCGGGUCCUGUGACAGCUCUCAUCGGUGCAUAUCCACGUCGUUAAAGGAAUAAAUAACACAAUAUAUAAAGAAAGCUGUCUUAGUUUGUGGUACUGAAUGUAAAUGUAGCUCUUCAGCUGUCGGUGUGAUCAGAGUUCAUCCGGUACAACCAGCAGCUCCGUACGAUCCUCGCGGCUUCGCCGGCAGCUUCCUAAAAAGCCAAAUCAUGUUUUGUUGCCAAAGACAGAAUCUGUUCCGCGCUCCGUGUCUCCUCAAUUGGUUUUUGUUUUUUUUAGCAGUCACCACAACGGCUUGUUGUUUCUAAAAGAGGUGCAGGAGGCAUUUUUUUGGAACGAGAUCCUUCAUAUCUGGUGGAGCUGCAGCUGUGGUCUGUAAUAACAGAUGGUUAUCAGUGUUUCCUCUGAUCUGAGCUCAGAGUAGGAAGAAGAAUCCCUCCGCUCUCGUUUGGUCUCGGCAGCUGUGCGGAGAACGUCUCUGCUGCUGCUCGAGUCUGGGUGGAAGGUCGGUGUUGGCGUCUCUGUACAGAGUGAGAUGGUGAACGAUGGAGAAAUAAGAUUGAAUGAAACAAGAAGAAGAAGAAGAAGAAGAAGAAGAAGAGACUGUGGAGGACGUGGCGGCCGUGUUGUGAACGUUUCAGAUGGGUCGGUAUGUUAGAAGUGGUCGACGGCAGGUUGUGUUCCAGAGCGAUGAAGGUCUGUUUGAAAUCACCAACAUGAGCCGGAGGAGUUUAAACUUCUGGCUGCUGUUUGUUUUUUGAAGCGUGAGCAGCUUCUGACUUCAUUUCCACCUGUUAGUAACACACAGUCUGUGUCUGUACAUCACUGCUGGGUCAGAAUCAGGACAAGCGUUACCAGUGUUACAGAACUGACGGACUGGGUUAGCAGAGGUAGCAUCAGCGCUAACGAGCUUCUCCAUCACCUCCCUGCAGGGUGAGUAACGUUAGCCCAGUUAGCUUAGCUCCCGAAAACUGAGACAAAACAAUCAGUAGACAUUUAUUUGCUUUCCUGAAGUUUUUCAAUCGAAUCAGCUGCAGACGGUGAUAAACCAUCUUUGGUGGUGUUACACAUCACUAAACUAUGCAAAGAAUUAUGGGUAAUUGUAGGUCACAUUGGGCUGUUUUGAAAAAGCCUUUCAACAGUUUAAAGAGUUUCAGAGUGAAAUCAUCGUCGUGGUCGCUCGGGCCCAGCAGAGAAACAGCGAGUCUGAGCUGUGAUUACAGGAGCAGAUUCAGGUGGACAGCAGGUGCAAACGGAGUCUCUCCUCACGUCUUCUUCUGCUCCGUCAUGUUUAGCUUGUGACGUGUGGCUGCCGAUGAUUGGACCCAACGAGCCGGCACGAGAUUUGACUUUAAAGUUAGUUUGGUGGUAGCCGUCCUGCUCUAUGAACGAGUCGGUGUCGAGGGUUCGAAGCAGACGAGUUUAAAGGAAAUAAUAAAACCCUCUGAUAUUUUCCACAGUGUAACAUAAAAUCCUCCACUGAAGCAUUAAACUGAUGCGUUAAUCUCUCGUGCAUAUCCGUGCUGCAAUACGUCUUAGCUUUAAAUGCAAACUUAUGGUUUAAUAUCAUAGUAUCAUAGCUGUACUAAUAAAAAAAAAACAUGCAUUAUAUAAACUAACUGCAUGAUAUGUUCACGUCAUGUUCCCGACCCCUGAGCGGGUGAUGGGGAUAUAUUAUAUUAAAAAACUAAAUAUUCCAUCUAAACAAGUUGUUUUAUCGACUGAAUCCUGGAAUCAGAUUUUUCUUCUGAACCUCUCGAGACUUGUGAACAUCUGAUUCUGACGGUGGAUGGAUGAUUUGUUUAGAUGUGGCUGGAUCACUUCCUCUAUGAAUGUGUCAUUAUAGCAGUAUAUCAUAUAUUUUUGUACAUUUAAUGCAUCAUGUAUCGUUGCCUGGUAGAGAUUUAGAGAUUGGGAGGUUUAUUCUUGUUGAGAUGAGGCGUUCGCUGGUUUCUUCAGUUUGUCAGGUUUUUGUUUACUCCGACGGUUCAGGGUUUCAAAGGGAUCGUGCAGUUUUUCUUAUCGGUGCGGGAGAAAUGGUCUCUUACAUGGAAAUGUUACUUGAUUUUGUUUUUUAUCUUGGAAUCCAUCAGAUCAUUUCAAAUAUGCUGAAAAAAAUGAAAUGAAUAUUAUAUCUAUAGACAGAUGUGUUAUUUUUGCAAACGACAGAGAAGUUAAUCAGUGCAAUCUGCUAAUUUUAGCAUCUAGAUUAUUAUUAUUUUUUCUCUCCCAAGAAGUUGCAGCUUCCGAAGUGUCGGAUCUAAAAAUCCAUCCGGACGUUUUUCUGAUGGGAAAGACUCGACUCCAGAUUCACUGACGCUCCUGUGCAGAAACAUCUGCAUGAACAUGAAACUAGAUUAAAAAGAAGUUAAAAUGAUGCUUUUCUGCAUCGUAACUAAAUUAAAUGUGAACUCACAGACACGACUCACGUUGUUUAAGAUCAGUUUGACUUACAGGUUGAUUUUAUAGACGUCCAGACACGCCUGCUGACAGCUGUCGGCAUAAUUUUAAUGAGGUAAAUUAGACAACAUCAGCUCAUAGAGGCAUCAAGGUUCUUUAAAAGGUUUGAUUGUGACAAAACAUGUGCCAGAUCUGAACACAGACGCGAUUAAAAUCCUCUGAGAAAUCACAGAAAACAGAUGUCCCUCAUUACAACCAAACUUGCCUCAGAAUCAUCACGAUUUUAAGUUUAAUUCAGUGUCGAAGUCGUCCGGUGAGAGUUUUCUGUAAAUCACUGGCGUCGUUACAAACACGGACUGCUUACAGCCAAUUCAGCAUGAUCGGCCUUCAACACGAGGUCCUGACGGAUGAGUUGGUUCUGGUUAGUGAACCCACGUUUGUGAAUCUGGACCUGGAUCGUUCCCGAGCUGCAGCUUCUUCACUGACUGAUCAAUAAUGUUUCAAUCAGUUUGAAUGAUCCCAGAACAAACUGAGGUUUAGCUUGAUGCAGAAAUCAGUCUGUAAAUGAGUCGACGCUGCCACUUUUUAAUAAAUCAAUAUCAUGUCGAAUAGAUUUUAGCUCGAUCGGCAGCAGGUGUUAAAUUAAAAUGCUGACCCGUCACAAUAAGAUAUGACAUUGUGUUGCACUUUGAUCACUGUGUACUUGGUACUAUAGCAAAAAUGAAUGGGCACAGACUAACGUUUGGUACAGAACGAUCAUUAGAGGUGUUUUCUUUUUCUUUUUUUUUCCAAAUGUUCAAUUUGUGAAACGUUGUAUUCAAUAAUAACUUUAAGUGUGAAACUGUAAAAAAAAAUUCGUCCCUCUUGACUGGUGAUUAAAACUCUAAAUCAAGUCUUAAAGUCUUGAGAUGAAGACGAGAGUAGAUCUGCUGACCUGCCUUACUCACUGAAUGCUGGACACAAAAAAACUCCUUUAAAAAACACAAACGCGACUUUUCUUCACUUUUCACGAUGGACGUUUUUUUUCAGUUUAGCAGCUGAAUUCUGCAGAAAAACAAACAGAACAAACAAAAAAAAACAAACAAACCUGAGCUUCUGAUGUUUUCUUCUGUUUGUGAUGCGACAGUUUGUAUUUUUGUGCCAGUUUUAGAGAUAAAGGGUGUCGCGUCCGUGCUCGGCCUUCACGGUGACGGACGUUUCUUGUUUCUGCUAAAAGCUUGGCUUCGUUUCAAAACACACUGAUGAUUUUUAACCACUAGACGGCGCUGAGGUUCUGCUCCCGCCAGCUUAUGAUCUGGUUUCAGGUGUGAACGGCUCCACACGAGCAGACGUACGAAAAUGUAGACGAGAUCUGCAAAAUGUAUCAGUCUUUUCUCUGGGAAGAACUAGAGUCUGAAAAAAAAAGACCAUUUCUGAUCAGUCUGUUGGUUUGAGAAUGAUCGGCUGUUCUAAGCAUCAGGAGACGUUUCCUGUCGUCCAGCUGACAGCAGAAAAUAUUUUACAUUUUCUGAAUAUUGGCCGAUUGAUUAAAAGUGAUUACAAUCCUAAAAUAAUUGUCUUACUUGUGUGAACUCUCACUUGACCUAAAUUCAUCAGCACGUGUGAGAAGCUUCGAUCAUUUGUGGUAAACAGAACCGGUCCGGUCCGGCAGCAGCAGAACCUCAGUGUUUAACUACAGAGUCUCUAUUUAAUAGUAAACUGUGUGUUAAGAUUAAUGUUCCAGAAUAAAGUAAAAUGUUUCUAUCA